AUGAAUAAUAAAAUCACUGCAAACGAGUUACGACAACAGUUCUUCAAUUUUUUCAAAUCGAAGGGACAUGUUUAUGUUCAUUCUUCCUCUACUAUCCCUCAUAAUGACCCCACACUUUUGUUUGCAAAUGCUGGAAUGAAUCAGUACAAACCAAUCUUCCAAGGGACUGUGGAUCCAAAUAGCGAACUGGGUCGACUCAAAAGAGCAUAUAAUUCCCAAAAAUGUAUCAGAGCUGGAGGAAAACAUAAUGACUUGGAUGAUGUCGGACGUGAUGUUUACCACCAUACGUUUUUUGAAAUGCUCGGAAACUGGUCGUUUGGAGAUUAUUUCAAAAAGGAAGCUUGUGAAUGGGCUUGGGAAUUGUUGACGGAAGUGUGGAAAAUACCGAGUGAACGUUUGUAUGUUACAUACUUCGGUGGUGAUAUCUCAAAUGGUCUACCUGCAGAUGAAGAAGCGCGUGACAUUUGGAUUUCAAUUGGAUUACCUAAGGAUCACGUGCUCCCGUUUGGUAUGAAAGAGAACUUUUGGGAGAUGGGUGAAACAGGUCCUUGUGGCCCUUGCUCUGAGAUACACUAUGAUCGUAUUGGAGAUCGUGAUGCUGCUCAUUUGGUCAAUCAGGAUGAUCCAGAUGUACUGGAAAUAUGGAACCUUGUGUUUAUACAGUUUAACCGGGAAGAGGGUGGGUCUUUAAAACCUCUACCGGCAAAACAUAUUGAUACUGGCAUGGGAUUUGAGCGGGUCUUAUCAGUUCUUCAGAACAAACGAUCUAAUUAUGAUACAGACUUAUUCACACCUUUAUUCAAGAAAAUCGAAGCUGGCACUAAUACAAGACCAUAUACUGGCAAAGUGGGAGUUGAAGAUACCGAUAAAAUUGAUAUGGCUUAUCGUGUACUAGCUGAUCAUGCUCGAGUUCUGACCAUUGCUUUAGGUGACGGUGGACGUGCUCAGAACACUGGUCGAGGAUAUGUGAUUCGUCGUAUUUUAAGACGUGCUGUUAGAUUUGCUAUUGAGGUUUUAAACGCGAAGCCUGGGUUUUUAGCUACUUUAGUUGACGUUGUGAUUGAGACGUUAGGAGAUGCUUUCCCAGAAGUAACCCGAGAUCCGGAUACAAUAAAAGGACUUAUUAAUGAAGAAGAAGAACAGUUUUUAGUUACUUUAAAGCGUGGCCGACGUUUCCUUGAUCGUGUAAUCAAAGAGUUAAAAGCAUCAGGGAGUAACAGCACUACUUUGUCCGGUGAAGUUGCAUGGGGUUUAUAUGAAACCUACGGUUUUCCUUUGGAUUUAACACAAAUACUGGCUGAAGAACACCAUUUAAAGAUUGAUUUAAAUGGUUAUGAAAAAGCUAAAGAAGAAGCUCAAAUUCGUAGUCAAAGCAGAAAAUGUACAGGUGGUUCAAUUGUAGAUCUUGAUGUACAUGCAAUAGCUGAACUAAAAAGUAAAAAUAUAUCAGUAACAGAUGACUCAGACAAAUUUGUCUAUACAUCAGAUCUUAAUGGAAAUUAUGUUUUCCCAGAUUCUGAAGCUACAGUUUUAGCUAUUCGCUAUGAAAAUAAAUUUGUCGAAAGUGUCAAUUCAAGCAGUCAAAUGUGUGGGAUUAUUUUAAACAAAACUAUAUUCUAUGCAGAAUCAGGAGGACAGUUAUAUGACCAUGGUUUUAUAACAAGCUUAACAGAUGAGGCUACUGAAUUUAGCAUUUUAGAUGUACAAUGCCGUGGUGGUUAUAUCUUACAUAUUGGAACUUUACAUGGCAAAUUAAAUGUUGGCAGCAGAGUACUUCUUUCAUUAGAUACUGUACGACGUACAGCUUUAAUGCGUAAUCAUACUGGAACUCAUGUAUUAAAUUUUGCUCUUCGUGAAUUAGUAGAUGAAUCAGAACAAAAGGGUAGUUUAGUUGCACCAGACCGUUUACGAUUUGAUUUUACUGCCAAGCGGGGUAUGACUCGUGAUGAAUUAGCUAAAGCUGAGGAAAUCUGUGAUACGAUGAUAAGCAAACGUUUAAAUGUCUAUUCAUCAAAUGUUUCACUGUCGUAUGCUAAAACUAUUCAAGGAGUGCGUGCAGUGUUCGGUGAAGCGUAUCCUGAUCCUGUUCGAGUUGUUUCUAUUGGAGUUCCUGUGACAAGUUUAGUAGCUGAUCCAGAAAAAGGAUAUGGUAAAACUACCUCAGUUGAAUUCUGUGGUGGAACUCAUGUUAUUAAUACUAAACAUAUUGGAGUUUUAGUGAUUGUUAGUGAAGAGGCCAUAUCUAAAGGUGUUCGACGUAUUAUAGCUCUUACUGGUCACGAAGCUGAACGUGCACAAAAAGAAGCUUUACGUCUUGACAAUGAAGUUAAUGAAUUAAUUCAAUUUGUGAAUAAAUCAAUUUCUCUUAAUCAAAAUAAUAAUAAUAAUAUAACUGAUGAUUUCAAUGUAAAUCGACAAAUAUCCAAUUUAUCAGAACUUGUUUCACGCGCCGUGAUCAGUCAACAUCAUCGAGAAAAUUUACGUGAAAAAUUGUUUGAAGCAAAAAAAUUACUAGAUGCACGUGAUAAAGCAUCAAAAACAGCGAUUACUUCUAAGGUUUUAGAAGAGGCUCGAUUAUUAGGUGAAAGUCUUUCUAACUCUCCCAGUAAUUAUAUCAUUCAUGUGUUCGAUGCUCAGUCGAAUACAAAAAUUAUGAGUUCUGCUAUAAAAGAAAUAGAACGAAUAUGUCCAAAUAAAGCUGUAAUGGCAAUUUCUUCAGACCUUGUUUCAAAGAAAUUGACUGUUCUUUGUCAAGUCCCAAAAGUACUUGUUUCACGUGGUUUAAGAGCUAAUGAAUGGGUUACACAUAUUAGUAAAACAAUGGAUGGAAAAGGAGGCGGUAAAGAAAAUUCAGCUCAAGCUGUUGGCAGUCGUAUUGAUACUUUAGAAGAAGUAAUUCGUCUAGCUGAUAUAUUUGCUAGUACAAAGUUAAAUAACAAUUAA